AUGGAGCAGAUACUGAUUUUACGAAUCUACAAGACGAUUGUGGGAAUCGCAGGAAUCUUGGGCAACGGUCUGGUCUGUGUCGUCAUCUGUAAAGUCUCGGCGAUGCAGACUCGCACCAAUGCCUUCAUUUUCCACCAAGCUGUGGUGGACUUCCUUGGCUCUACACUAACUCUUCUGCAGAGUGAAGUUCCACUGCCUGACCCCCUGCCCAACAGCUCUCUGGGUAUCUUCAUCUGCACAAUCUGGAACAGUAACUUUGUACUGUUUCUCCUGUUCGUGAUAUCAACGUUCAACUUGUUGUCGUUGACCAUGGAGCGGUAUUUCGCCAUCGUCCACCCAUUCAAGUACCACGCCGCCUUCGCCACGCGUCCCUGGCUUAAACUCGGCCUGAUCUUCGCCGGCUGCUGGCUCCUUGCGGUGGCCAUCAAGUCUUACGUAGCUGUGAUCUUUGAGUUCCCGAACGGUAAGUGUGUCGCCAGGGAUAUCCCCGGUUCGCAGGUCAUGGGGAUCCUGACAGCUGUCAUGCAGUACGCAUUGCCAGUAGUAGUAAUGUUCUUCGCGUACAUCCGCAUCAGCGUGGAGCUGAAGCGAGGAGCUGCGAGGGUAGGCCCAGCACCGAUGGCCGCCAGCUCCGCUCCGACAACAUCAAACGACGACGCUUCUCACUCAGCACCAGGUAUGAUGGAGUCCCUAUUGAAGGCUAGACAGAAUACCUUCAAGAUGCUCCUGAUUGUGUUCAUCACGUUCGUGGUCUGCUGGACUCCAAACCAGUUCCUGUUCUUCAUGUUCAACGCCGGGUGGGUAGUACACGACAAAUGGUACUACCUGCUGUCUGUAGCUUUGGUGGCCACCAAUUGCUGUGUCAAUCCGGUCAUCUAUGCCUUCAAGUAUCGCCAGUUUCGCAACGCUGUGCAAGAUAUGUUUGGGCGAAGACAACACAACCACAUUGACCAACUGAAUUCUAUCUCACUUCGCAUCAAAACUAACGGCGCUAUUAAAAUCCUAAAGGGGUAGAUGGGACAGUACACAAAAUCACAACGAUAAAAAUCGGGAGACAUGACAAAAAUAUUCAACGUGAGACCAGUGACUUGUUAGCACUAUCUUGUCUGUUUUAUCAUGGUGAUGUAGAAGCUGUUAUAACUCUACUUGGGUAUAUGUUUGUUUUGUUUUGUGUAUUGGCACUUUAACUUUAACGGAGAGGAAUAUUUUGGCUUUUUUAGCACGUCUUAGCUUGAUGGCACUCAACUUUAGAACGAUCACCCAUAGUUUUGACGAUGAAAGGCCUUCUUUUAGCCACCAAAGGAAAUUCGACCAACGAAACUAUGUUUCCUCUUCCGUGCAAAUGACUUGAAAAAAUAUCGACAU